AUGUCGGGCAAUCGCAGAAUAGUGGCAACCGAAAACCGAGAAGUCAUUCAAGAAUUAAGAGAAAUUAAAAGCGACCUUAAAGAAGGAAAAUUUAAAAUAAUUAGCAGGAACACCGAAAUUAAAGACCCGCACCCUGCCGUAAUAAUCUCAAAUGACAUCCAAAACCUAAAAAGCAAUCGCAUUACCGUAGUUCCUUUUACUCAUACUCUCAAACCUUUUUAUGAAAGUUGGGAAGUUCACUCUAAUUUCAAUAAUCAAAAAGGGAAAAUCAUGUGCGACCAAGUGAAAAAUAUUGACAAAAACAGAAUAAUAAAGCAUCUGGGAACCCUUGACCCAAAAACAUUAAAAGAAGCAGAAAGGAAAAUUUUGGAUGGUCUAGAAUUAAUUAACUCUCUUGCCAACGAACAAUUACUUAUGGAAUUAAAUAUCCAAGAAUACAUUAAUGGAUUAGUCAAUAAAUCAAGAGUUUUUUAUUUAGAUUUAAACAAUGACCCUAAACAAACUAAACAAUUAGAGGGAGAAAUCACCGAUUUAAAAGAUUUCAGUAAUUUAAAAGGAAUAAAUGCUUCUAAUAAUGAUUUUACUAAUCUGAACUUUUUAGAUACUUUACCAAAUAAAGACAAAUUAGUCUCUUUAAACUUAUUUGGCAAUCAAAUUAAGGAAAUAGACUUUGCCGAAUUAUUUACCAAAUUUCUUAAAUUAGAGAAAACUAAACCCACUCCCGAGGAGAUUACCCGCAAAAAAGAAUAUGUUCGCUUCUUAAAUACCCAAAUCUAUAAACUAACUAGCAAGCAGAAAUUUCUUAAUAAACAAUUAGAUAAAUUAGCCGUCCAAUUAAAGGAUUAUCAUAAAGAAAAAAACGGAAAAGUGAUUAAAAGAGAAUUAAUUAUGUAUUUUAUGGUUAGUUUACCCAAAACUAAACUAUAUGCAGCACCAUACAAUACAAAAACUAAAACACAAACUAAACCAGGACAAACCCGACUGCUGCUUCACGGGCAUGGAACUCCUUCUGCUCCGCAGUCUCUUUCCCCGUCAGGAUUACAUAGUCAAAAAAAGAAUUAUGAUUACUUGUGCUUUACCGGUCAGACUGAUUGA